AUGCUUAUCAAGUAUCUAAAAUCUAGCAAAUUCAAGAAGAAUAUUCCAGAAUGGAUAGCUGUGCUAGCUCUUUUAUUGAUAUUUUUCUAUGUUGUUGAACCAGCAAGACCAUUCCAAAGACAAUUCAAGUUAUCUGACCAUACCCUUCAACAUCCAUUUGCGAUUACUGAACGGGUUAGCGAUAACCAGUUAUAUAUGUUAUCAUGUAUAUUGCCAUUGACCAUUAUUCUCCUUAUAACUAAUUUCCGCAGAUCAAAUAAUGUGAAUUUGAAUAAUUUUCAUGUUUUGCAAAUAUCGUUAUUGGGGUUAUUUGUUUCAUUGAGUGUGAAUGGAGUCAUUACAGAUAUAUUAAAAAACUGGAUCGGUAGACCUAGGCCUGAUUUUUUGGCUAGAUGUGGGCCUACGCCAGCCACUCCAUCGAACACAUAUGUUGGAAUUGAAGUUUGUACUGCACCCUUAGGUCAGAUGUAUCUCUUAGAUGGUGGGAAAUCUACCCCUUCAGGACAUGCCUCACUUUCAUUUGCAGGCUUAUUCUACUUAUACUUGUGGAUCAUAGGUCAGUUCAAAUUGAGAAGGGAAUCUUACUUGUGGCAACAUCUUGUUGCAUUUAUUCCAAUUAUACUUGCAAGCUACGUUGGGUUGAGUAGAACCCAAGACUACAGACAUCACUUUUUAGAUAUUAUAUUGGGAAGCGGAAUUGGUGUUUCAGUAGCUUUUGUAGUCUACUUCAGAUAUUUCCCAUAUUUGAAUCUGGAAAACAGUAAUGUUCCAAUAACAGUUGACGAUGAUAUUUUACCCACUUGA